AUGGUGACCAGACUCAAACAUUUACUCAUUUUCCCAUCACCACGCACGGUCUACCUGUUCAUGAACUUGAAACUGCCAACAAGACCGAACGCGAGGCACUCACUAGUCACUACCUUGAUUAUUAAACAAAUUCCGGGACUUGAACAUGCCACGAUUUCUGGCGACUGGUCAAUCAAAGACAACGCAAACGGAACCAUUGUUGCGCCUCAUCAUGUCUGCGCUUAUGUUAACGCAUGCACAGACGUAGAUGGUAACGGUCCGGAGUUUAAUUGCUAA